CUCAGCAGGAAAGUUCGCCUAGCAACUUAAACAGGACCUUCUGCUCUUAUUCGCACGAGGAUGUAACCCCAGGCGGCGUUUCGAUGGACUUUCAUCUGCAUUUUCACACUCUGGAAAGAGAAAUCAGGUGGUUUAAAUAAGUUUGUAAGAGUUUUGAUGCGUUACGCAUAUCAGCUAAAGCACAGAAGCGUCGCUGGUUAUGAAACCAUGCUGUCUCUGAUAUUUAUGUCAUUACGAGCGGAAAAAUGAGCGAUCCGGACCUCACGCCGAUCUCCAAAACGCAUCAGCGGCUAAAGGCUGCGGCUCUGCAGGGGGAGGAGAGCACUUUGCCCGGUAGCGUUUGUAGAGCCAAGCGCAACGGGGUCUUUCUCAUCCAUUGCUUCAUCUGCGGAAGCGCGGUGACUCCGGGAAAAGAGCUGAGCUUACAGACGAAAUACCAACGGGAAAAGGAUGGUCCGUUUUUCCCUUUCCUGCAGGGCCAGGAUCCGGCCCCGGGCGCGCUGGAAAUCGGUCCGAACGGAGACGCGCUGGUGUGCGCCGUGUGUCACUGCUUUCUGUGCGAACAGUGGAACUCAUUCGAACGUAACAGGACACCCACAGAGAAACGCAUGUACUGGCUAAAAAGACCGUACCAGUGCGACUUAAGGAGCGUCUCUUAUGAUCUGGAGCAGAGAAUGAGCGUCGGCAACUAUGAUGCAAAUGAUUCAGACUUCUCGUUCUCAGAUAAUGACAAUAUGUCCGAGCAGGACUUGGAUUUUUCUGGGGGCUUUACGAAUAACAACAUCCCAACAGUUUUCCGUGAAUCGAAUAAACCGUCAAAAAAUGGCAACAGACAAGACGCAGUAAAUAUUAAGAGCAGCCCUGAGUCAGCCCUUUGUCCCGUCAGACUUUUUGCAGUCCAGGAUGUGCCCAAAUCAGACUCAGACCGACGUGCGUCUAAGUUUAUCAAUCACACAUUGCGCUUAUCAGUCUCCAUGACUCAACAGCAGAAUGAGCAGUCUGUGCACACACCAGUGCCGAAUAACGCCACCGUUACUUACAAUAAUGCAGCUGCUGGUGUUUCUGAAGUGUCUGACAGCUGCAAAAUGAACUAUUGCAUUAAUGAUGAGAUAGAGAGCGCCACAUCAUCUCACCUCAACGACGAGAGGAGUCCAUCAGCCAAACAUCACAACUUUUUAGCCAAUGAAUGCGCCUGCUAUAUUUGUGGAAAUAAGUUUUUAACGGGAGGCCACUUCAGGGUGUUUGUACAAAAGCAGGAAAGUUCUUCCAGUGAACCGUUCUUUCCUUUUCUGUGGCUUCACACCCCUCCACCUGGUGCUGUGCCCCUCAGCCCGGGUGGAUAUACGCUCGUUUGUUCUAGCUGUCACUCCUCGCUCAUCCAGCAGUGGCAAAGGUUUGAGGUGGCAGAUGUACCCGUCCUUCAACGACUCUACGUAGUGCCCCUUAGUGCUGGUGUUGCCACCCCAUCUGUCACGUUUGAAUCUGAGCACGGGCUAGCCAAAAUCCAUCCAGUCCCCUCCACAACACGGAAUCAAAGGGAGGCCUGCUACUUGUGUGGGCAAGAGUGCGGCAAAGAGAUCAGAGUGGUAUAUGCCCAUUUCAGUGCAAGUAACGCCUGCAGUGCAAUGUACUUUCCUUUCAUAAACUUGUUACCGUGCCCACCAAAUGCACAAAAUGUGCGUAAUGGACGAGUACACAGUUGUGUCAUGUGUCACAGAAUCUUAGAGGAUGUCUGGGCAGAAUAUUGUCUCUGUCUGAGUGAGGAGCUUAUUACAUCUGUCAGCACCUUCCUUGGUAAAUACCACCUUGCUAUUGGCAGAGGAGAAGUCAUGGCAUCGGCCUUAAGUGGACCCCUGUCUGUUACAACAACCACAAGCCAUUCUUCCAUCUGUUACUUGUGUGGGGAAGAGCUCUUUGGAGGAAUGGAGUAUCAGGUUCAUGUUAACCCUCCAGGGCGUUGUGGAGAGCAAGAGCCCUUUUUUCCCUUCCUAACUGUACACCCACCCGCCCCUCGUGCCCGCCCUGUUGAUACUACGGGCCUUGUGUCAGCCUGUGCGUUGUGUUAUCAUGAUCUGCUGGCCCAGUGGACCAAACAUGAGUCUCAGGACACGGGAACAGGCCCGUCCAGCAGCCCCUGGUCACGCCAAUAUAGCUGCAACACCUUUGUCUGCUUUUUCUGCAGGAAAGAGAAAAAGAGGACACUUGGCCUGAAAGGGGUUAAUGUUGCCCGCUUGCCUGUGUUCCUCUAUGCUCCGAGGGUCAGCCAGACCCUGGUGAUCGACAAUGGAAAACAGCUAACCAUUGGCUCUUGUGUGGAAUGUAAAUCCAUGGUUCUGGCAGGACAGAACUUAAAGACAGUUGGUGGAACUGCAGUGCCGAAAGACAAGGUUUUGUUGGUGGAGGAGUCUAUCAGCAGCAGUAAGGAUGUAAAAAUCAGGCCACUAGCGGUGACUGCAGGAGAUCCAUCAGAGAAAGACCACCUGGCAUCAUCUGAACCCAAACUGACCUCUUCCCCCUCAUCCCCUGGCAGCCUAAAAUUGGAAAAAGGAGAAAGGUCAAUGUCAAGCAUGAGCCAUGAGCCAAAGUCACCAUCAUUAGGCAUGAUUUCCACGGCAACCCGCACCACAGCGACUGUCAGCCCCCUCACCUCGUCUCCCCUAAACGGAUCGGUUGUGCCCAAUGGCAGCCCUGCGUCUCAGUCCACACAUUCCGGAUUCGCCGCUGCCCUCCGCAAGCUAGCCAAACAAGCAGAGGAACCUCGAGUGUCAUCCAUUAGCAGCGAAUCUUCUCCUGUCUCAUCCCCGGCCACUAACCACAGCUCACCGGUCAGUACGCCGAAGCGUGGCCCCAUGGGUCCAGUUAUAGUGCCUCCCGGGGGUCACAGUGUACCCAGUACCCCACCUGUGGUUACCAUCGCUCCCACCAAAACUGUCAACGGCAUGUGGAGAAGUGAGGGCCGACCUGUUCGAGAGGCUGAGUCUGGGAAUCGUGGCAUCAGACAGGACCGGCUAAAUUCAGAGGCUUCUGCUACCCAAGAGAAAGGGGGUCCCACAGUCCCAGCCCACCUGAUCGGAAACCCUUAUGCAUUUGCCCUAACCCCUGCGUCUGUGAUGCAAGACUCACGCUUCCAGCCUCUAAAUUUGCCCCGUCAGAUGCCCCAUGCUGUGCCUCCAACCGGUGUUCCAGAGGAGUACCUGAGAGGUUUCCGUCCAUAUGCCACGGCGGAAGAGCUUCGCAUGCCCUCAUUGCCACUGGGACUGGAUCCUACCGCUGCUGCCGCGGCCGCCGCAUAUUACCACCCCGGAUAUCUGCCCCACCCCUCCUUCUCACACUACAGAAUGGAUGAUCCAUUCUGUCUGUCAGCGCUGAGAUCGCCAUUCUAUCCACUUUCUGGAGGGGGUGCUCUUCCACCUCUACACCCUUCUGCAGUGCACAUGCACCUGCCAGGGGUCCGUUAUCCUGGAGACAUCAGCCACCCGACGUUAUCCAGCCUGCAGUCCGAACGCCUGUCAGAGAGACUCCAGAUGGAGGAUGAGCUGCGACAGAGAGAGAGAGAGCGCGAGAGAGAGCGCGAACGAGAGGCUGAACGAGAGAAAGAUCGUGAACGAGAGAGGGAGAGAGAGAAAGAGCUGGAGCGAGAAAGGGAGCGGGAAAGAGAACGUGAGAGAGAACUGGAGCGCCAGAAGGAGAGGGUGGCACGAGAGAAGGCAAUGGAGAGCCAGUAUCUGGACAUGCAUGCAGUAAGGGCAUCGACAGACGACAGAGUCACUGCUAACAGAGCCGAUAAAACCAAAGAAUCCACCCCUAAGCCCAUCCAGCCUAGUCUGCACCACUCCCUAAACUCCAGUCACCAUCCUGUGCCCAGCCUCGUCUCUGCCCACGGCAUGUACCUGGGACCUGGAGAGACCUUGAACACAACCACCAUGCUGCCACGCUCGAAUGAGGAAGAGCGCUGGUUGGCACGGCAACGGAAGUUACGUCAGGAGAAAGAGGACCGGCAGUACCAGGUGUCUGAGUUCCGUCAGCAGGUUCUGGAGCAGCACCUGGACCUGGGGAGGCCAGGAGAGACUGGCGACAUGCAGACGGAGGGACACAGACCUGUAUCAACCCAUCACGAGGCAAGCAGUAGAGAUCGAGAUAAAGACGAAAGAGAAACUCACUCUCACCUCGGAGCUCCGCCCCCUCUCAUCUCCCCAAAGCACCCUCACAGAGACCAUGCCCCUCCACCCACUACGCUCUGGAACCCCGUAUCACUUAUUGAGACCUCCACCGACUCUAGACGCUCCUCACACGAUCCCCCAGGCCUUGCUCAUUACGAUAUCAGUCGUCUUCCCGUAUUGCCACCCAAACAUUUCAACCACGAAAACCUGGAAGAGGUACCUCGGAAAAGAAACGAUCUGGACAAAUAUCCAUCGAUACGGCCCAGUGGCUUCUCCGAGCCUAACACUUUCUUAGCGGAUCUGGAGAAAUCCACCCAGAGCUUCCUAAAGCAGCACAGGGCGCCACUUAGUCUGUCUGGUGCAUACGGAGAGCUGAGUGUGGGCCUUAAGCCCAGAGGGUCAUUUAAGGCCGCCCAGGGUCCUUCACGUCUCGCACCUGAUGCCCUGUUGGUGUACGAUGAGUUCCUGCAGCAACACAGACGAGCUGUCAGCAAACUGGACAUGGAGGAGAGAAGACGCAGGGAAGCCAGAGAGAAAGGUUAUUACUAUGACCUGGAUGACUCUUAUGAUGAGAGCGAUGAAGAAGAGGUGAAAGCUCAUCUAAGGAGGGUGGCAGACCAGCCGCCCCUCAAACUAGAUGAUUCCACAGAGAAGAUGGAGUUUCUGUGCAUGUUUGGUCUGACGACUCUGGCUCGUCGAGAGGAGCUGAUGGAGGUCAAGAGGAGAAAGCGGAGGCGUAUGCUAAGAGAGAGGAGUCCCUCCCCGCCGGCCAUACAAAACAAACGGCCCAUUUCUGCCCCGCUGAGCACCCGCUUUACCCCAGAGGACAUGAACAACAGCUCUGAGCUGGAGGACAAGAAGCGCUUCCUUACCUCCUUCAGCCUCAACCACAUUACACGGCAGCAGAGAAAAGAUAAUGAGAGAGUUGAGGAAUUGUUGCUUGCCAUCAAGCAGAAGAGUGUAACUCUGGACAGCAUCAGACACAACCCUCAGCCCCUGUGUGGGAGCCCCACAGCCCUGUGCUCAGACCAGUCAUCUCACUCCCCUUUCCAAGCUGAUGAGCUACUGACAAACGAACGCCCCACCACUCCUGUCCCCUCUGCGUCUGGGCCCCCACCCACCGUUGAUCCCCUCUCCAGCCCGGACCCCCUGAGACCAAAAGAGGUUUCCCUGCCUGUCGUGUUAUCUGAUAAGAAAGUCAUCGAUACUGUACCAGGCAAGACCUCUAGUCUACUGAGUAGCGUGCGACAACCUCUGUUUACAAAAGAGAGCUCUGCCGGUGUCAACGGGAAGAUCAGACCAUGGGAAAGUUUCAUAGCGGAGGAGUUUGCUCAGCAGUUUCAUGAAUCUGUGCUACAGUCAACGCAAAAAGCCCUGCAGAAGAGCAAAGGUGGUGCCUCAGUCAUCUCUGAGCAGAACCACAUGGUGGAUUCAUCCGUGCAUUAUAACAUUCCUGAGCUUCAAAGCACAGCGGGCCGCUCAAAAUCACAGACCAACGGCCAGCGUGGACCUCCGCCGCCCUGCUUUCAGGAGCUCCCAGCAGAGGACGAAUUUGAGGAUGGUGAAGAAGAGGAUGAAACCGAAGAGGAGGAGGAGGAGGCCUCCGCUCCCAGGUGGCAGGGCAUUGAAGCCAUCUUUGAAGCUUAUCAGGAGUACGCUGAAGAGCAAAGUAUUGAGAGGCAGGUUCUUCACAAUCAGUGUAGACGGCUGGAGACUCAUCACUAUAAUCUCAGCUUAACAGCAGAACAGCUCUCACACUCGAUGGGGGAGCUGAUGGCUCAGAAGCAGAAGUUGGCUGCUGAGAGGGAGAAGCUACAGGCAGAGCUGGAGCACUUUAAAAAGUGUCUGACACUGCCGCAGACCCCCUGGUCCAGGACUCACUUCAAAGGCUAUUCACCCAGGUGACACCUUACAGCACCACUAACCACCCACCUGCUCAGACCAUCCCACACAUCCAGGCCAAACCCCCCUUCCCCCACCCUGACUCUUGUCUGCUGGAGAAGAGAGGGUUAGAAACCGAUCUUCCUUGUCAUCCCGUGGGCAAAUACAAGAAACCCCCAAAUGUAUCUACCACAGGACCAGCCCCGUUGUCAAAGCCAGAGCAGAACGGCAAUCACAAUGCAGCUCUGCCAACCUGCCAUUUCGUCCCCGUCCAUGGAUAUCUAGGAAUGCACUUAAAGACACAAAUAUCCUGAAGAACUCUCUGGAGGUACUUUGUGACAGGUGACUCUUUUUGAUCUUGGGAAGGAAAAUGCAAAUUGAAACAAAGAGAACAUCAAAUAGAUAAAGGAAAAUGUUUUACUUCAAGAUUUAGAAUAAAGUUUUUAAAGAGGUGCUUCAGCACUGUAUUGUACAGUAAAUAUCAAAAUUUUGUAUGUUUUUAAUGACUUAAUUCAUUGUUCUUUUAAAGAGGAAAAAGCCUGCCAUGUUUUCUAAUAUAUUAAGGCUUUUGGACGUUAAGAUAAAGGCUUGCUUUUAGUGUUUGUUCGGCUGCUGUAAAGGACAUGUGGAGUGAUGACAUCAUUUCCUCUUCCUAAACUACAGUAGCAACGUCCCCAGGACCCACCGCCAACUUCAGAUCCUCUUUACCCAUGAGGCUGUUCAUCUUAACUGCUACAAUAGCUAGUGGCCAUCUGUCUCACAAAGGUCCAGAUGAUAAUAUUGCGUUUUCUUUUGAAUACAUAAAGCAGCAUGUGGUCUCUUUUGGAUUUAUGUCUUUGUGGAUGCAUUCAAAUUAAAUGUACAGUCUAUAUUACAUAGAAUGUAUUCUCAAAUAUAUCUCACCUGUUUACACAGAGAGAAAACAGCCCAGGAAAUCCAUAGGCUACUGUACGAAAAAAAAAGUAAUAAUUUGUUUCAGAAACCGAUUGAUUGAUUGGAAAUGUUUUUGCCCUUUAUGAGUAACGUGCCAAAGUUUAAGAGGUGGCAUGCCAAAAAUAUAGAAAAACUGAUGAAGCGAUUGAUCAUCCUGCUGUGCGCUAACACAUAACACAAAUGAAUUGCAAGAUUCCAAAGGAAGCCUAACAACGUGCUUGUUUGCCAAUUAAAUAUAUAAUUGUUGUAUUCAUUGGUUAUCGAGGACUGAUUCUAUCAUGACAACGAUACAAACCUUUGAAUAUAGGCCUUAAAACUCUAUACUGCCUGUAAUAUCCUUAUCUGCCAAGUACAAUCUAAGAAUGACACACCUGUUUUGUUUUCGGUGGCCGCUGACACUUCACCUUACCCUCAUCAUGUGCUUGAUUCAACACACACACACACACCCACAAUAUACAGCAUGCCGUCUUUAAAAAUCUGCAUUUGCCAUAACUCUUACAGCACAAGGUUAAAACCAUGAAAUGCAUCUCGUAAGGAUUUUGGUCGCAUUGUCAUUUGUCUGGACGAUUUACCCCAGGGAGACGUGCCAUCAGUUUAUUCGUCUCAUGCCAUGCUGGUACCAUGUUUACAAAUCUGAUGCUGGCCCUAAACAAUAUCAGCUGUGUGUCUGUGUAUCUACACAGACAACCCCAAACUCAAAGGAGGGCGAUGCUAGAUGCUGUGAAACCAUGUUUUUUUUUUUCUUUUUUUUAUGUACUUGUUUGAAGUCAUUGUAAUGUUAUAUAUGCUUUGUUGAGUGUAGUAUUUAGGUAUUUAUGAAUAUAUUGCUGUAAUUUCAGACAAAAAAAAUAAAUAUUUCAAAAAUGA